AAAAAAACGGAAAUGCUAUCUUGUUUUUCACGUUUGAAUCUUAACAUACAAACCCGAUACUUUCACGGAACGAGGCUCCUUUGACUGUUUAUGGUGAACGAAAUGAUUUGGUUUUCACAACAUGGCUAAAAUCGAUAAAACAUAAGGUGUGUCGUAUCAAUAUCCAGCCAUGGAUGCCGACUUUGAGACGCACUGCUCGGAGCUGGUGGCCCGUGAGAGGAGCGGACACACGGCUGUGGUGGAGGACAACCUGCUGUACGUGUGGGGCGGUUACAUGUCAGUUGCUGACGAUGAGGUUUUUCUACCCAAUGAUGAAAUCUGGGUCUACGACUUAGAGCGCGGUGUCUGGAAGGUUUUUCACAUGACAGGGGACGUCCCCCCCUCCAUGUCCGGGACCUGCAGCUGCUACCUGAAUGGGCAUAUGUACAUAUUUGGAGGGUGCGAUGACAAUGGGCAGACCAAUCAGAUCUAUUGUGUCGACCUGAAAGACGGCAAAUACACAUGGAGGAAGAUCAUACACGAGGUCGGUUCUGCUCCGUCCCCAAGGGACAAAUUAUCCUGUUGGGUUCAUAAAGGAAGAAUCAUCUACUUUGGAGGAUAUGGUCACAAACAGCUGACUGACACUGACCACAGAAACAGAAGCUUCAUUGUGGAUGAAGCAUCAUGGGUGGGGGGAGUUUUCUGGGGAUGGAACAACGAGGUUCACGUAUUUGAUCCCACUCGGGCCAGCUGGAGUGAGCCGCAAACGCACGGCCGAGCUCCCGCGCCCAGGGCUGCCCACGCCAGCGCCACAGCUGGAGGGAGAGGAUACGUCUGUGGGGGCAGAGUCAUGGAGACCAGGACUAGUGACGUUCACUGCCUGGACUUUGAAUCUUGGAUGUGGUCAGAAAUACUCCCAGUAUCCUCCACUCCAGUGGGCAGGUCAUGGCACACGCUUACUGCCGUCUCAGACAGCUCCUUGUUCCUGUUCGGAGGGCUCAGCGUCGACUGCAAGCCAAUGAGCGACGCGUGGUUGCUUGAUGUGGAAACAAAGAAGUGGCGAGAAGUGGAGCAUCCCUUUAGGAAUAAGCCAAGGUUGUGGCACUCGGCGUGUCCAGGCCAGGACUCGGACGUCAUCGUGUUUGGUGGAAGCUGCGACUACAUUCUCCUCAUCGACACGGGUCAUUGCAACGAUGCGCUUGUCUUCCAGACGCAGCCAUAUCCUCUGAUUAGGAUUUGUGAGGACUACAUUGCAAAGAAUGUGAGAGACUGCGAGCUGCUCCGAGCUCAGCUUCAUCUGCUGCCCACUAAAGUCCUCUCAGCGGUUCAGACCAGGAUGACGUUCUACAGGCCUUCAAAGAAACAGAAACAUUAGGUGUCUUCAAAAAUAAUCAUCAGUGGAUUUUUAUUUAUGUCGUUCAUUCGCUUCAGUGUAGAAAUAUUCACACUGUGCGGUAACAUUUUUAUUUUUAAAUACCUAAUAUUAUAUGGUGCUACAUUUUAUUAAUUGACUAAUUUUAUUUUUUACUAUAUGCCUUUUGAAACUAGGAUGUCUGUAAAGGCUAAAUGCACACUGCCUGGGUUAUUAGUUAAAUAGUGGAUUAUAUAGUCUUAUGUGGAAUAAGCUGUGACGUACAGGAUAAAUUAAACACUCACACGUUUUCAUGA